AUGGCGCUGGUCUUCAGGCGCCCGGCGCAGAGCGCCGGGCGCCCGGCGCAGAAGCGCUCUUCUCCGAGCCUGGCAUGCCCGGCCAAGCGAGAGUGCCGGACGCCCGGCCAGGCUGCCGGAGGUGUCAAGUAUGAGUUCUGGCCUUCUGACUUGAAGAGGGCCGGGCACACCUCGGUGGAGGUGGAGGACCAUGAGCCGCUUGGAAGGCACCUGGCCAAGCUUGGCCCCAACGAAGCGUGCGGAAUCCACCUGGCGCGCAUGCAGAAGCUGCCCUGCAAGCUGAUCCCGAGCUCGAAGUUCCGAAACGGGGCUGACAGGUGGUGGUGCCCCAUUCAUCAGGGCAGCUAUGGAAAGAAGGCCCAGCUGGAGCAGGCCAAGAAGACGGGGGUCAAAUGCUGUGACCAAAGCGCAGCUUUGGUGGAUUGCGUUUGCUCCUCAGAGGUGAAGAACCUGAGGCUUGUAGAACCUGGAGAGCUUGGUCAUGCAGACGACUACUGCGAGCUUGGGCUAUGGAUUGGUCUUGCUCCAGCUCUUGAUACCUACAGCGGGCAAGACAGCUACUUCUUUGCAGGCAUCCACGUCCAGGCAAGGAAGGAGUUGGGAGGGAAGAAAGUGAUCGAUAAGAACUACCCGGCGGUUCGCAUCAAAGAUGCCACGGGCCGCUUUCCGAACAUCCCGGCCGGGGGCAUCUUGGUCACGACGCCCGCGGCGCUCGAGUACCUCUACUACAUGGAGAACCGAUGCCCGGUGAACGCCCAGUUCAGGUUGGCGCCCAGCUUGCCACGAUCCACUGUCCAGCUCAAAGACAUCGUGAGAUGCAAGCAUUGCAGCGCUCUGCAUGAAGACAUUGGCGACAGGUUUGGGCAGCAGUCCCACAAGAAGCAUCUCUGCGGCUCGUGUGGGCGUGACAUCUGCGACCGUGCUGGCAGCAUUGGCAACCCUCUUCAAGUCUUUGACAGAGUUUGGAGCCGAAAGAGUGUGGACCAGAUCGACCCACAGAACAAAGAGAUCAGAAUUGAUUCCGCGGUGCACCGCCUCAUGUGCUGGCCGUCGACCCCCGCCCUCUUUUGGAGCCGCGGCGCUCCGGAAGUCUGGGGAAUCCAUGUGCACGGAUACGAUGAGAGAGGAGAUCGCGUCAUUGAUGACACCUACGGCAGUGUGUACGUGGACGGGAAGAAGCUGUCUAGGGCAGAGCUGUUCCUCUCCAUGCUCCGGAACAGUUGUUGGAUGGAAGACAAGCCAGGAAUGGCGCCAAUGGCAAGGGAGCUGGAAGAUGACUGA